UGGUAAACCUCUCCUGUAUUCUACCAAAAGAAAACCACAGGGCUCUGUGGGUGCCAGGAGUCAAAAUUGACUUGAUGACACACUUUACAUUUAGAACUAGAAAAGGUACAGAAAAGGGCAACCAAAAUGAACAUGGGGUUGGAGUGGCUCCCCUAUGAGGAAAGACAACAACAUUUGUUCCUUUAGAAAGAGAAGGCAGUUAAGAGAGGGGACAUCAUAAGAGGUUUAGAAAAUUAUGCAGUGUGGAUAAACUGGGAGUUUUUCUCCCUCUCUCAUAAUAUUGGAACCCUAGGGCAAUAUAGCACUGAAAUAUUUCUAAUAUUGCACUUUUAUGAACCCCUUCAGUCUCGAAAAUGGACUGGAAUGGCCCCCAGACUGCAAAACUGCAUUCCCAAACAGUGGAAUGGAUGCAGACACUGAAGAAUAUUGGAAAUAAUUCAGUGCUGCAAUAUUGGAUUUUUAAGGGAUCUUUCCGUUCCAGCUUUCCCCCAAACCCAGCAAGCCUUCCAGGGCUGAGGCUUGGCAUUUAAAAAAAAAAAAAUUUAAAAGUCCCAUGGUUGUAAUCGACUUCAAUCUAAGCUCUCUGCAUACGGGACACUCCGCUUAGCUCAGGGCUCCCAACAUACUAUUCUUAUCCACAGUCCCCACUCCAGAGAAGUGCAGGAGUAGGGCCCCAACCAAGACUGCGUUUUGCCUCGGGUUACACCUCUGCGGCCCUUCUCUUCCCACCUUGUAAAUUUGUUACAUGUAUAAUACAUACAAAAUUAAAAUGAUCACAUGCAAAUAAAGUUUGUUUCAAAUGGGGUGCGGUAGGAUCAUGUGCCUUUUUUGAAAAUGGACUAAUAAGAUAAUGUGACUGCUAUCACAUGACCGGGAAAGACUUUGGAAUGGUGCCGGGAGGCAACCAACCAAUAAAGAAAGGAUGCAAUUCUCCGCAAUGCUUCUCACCCUCGCUGGGCAAAAGCAGCCAAUCAGGAUGAGACAGGAAGAGCGGCUUGACUUAUCCCAAAGAGGGGGGCGUGGCGUCUGUCUAGUAUUUUGCUUGCUUCUCCGGGUAGAAGAAACCGGGAUAGAAAGAUUCGCUGCUGCAGCAUUAUUGGGAGACAAGUCCAAAGGGGAGCGCAUUCCGCAGUCUAGGAGCGGCUACAGAGAAGGCCUGCUUCUGAGUCGCCACCAGAUGAGCCGGUGGCAACUGGAGCUGGACCUCCUCAGAUGAUCUUAGCGUGCAGUGGGAAUCACACCGAAGAAGGCGCUCUCUAAGUCAAAGUGGAAGUGUGGUCUCUGAAUCCAGAUUAUUUAGUCCUGGCCAAGAUGUGGGUGCAGGUGCUGAUGUGCCUGGUGCUAGGUGGCACAGCCUCUUCUUUGCAGUGCCCUGAUGGACGCAGAUGUGAAGGACCCUCCACCUGCUGCAAGCUCCCUGGACAGGAUGGAUAUUCCUGCUGUGACCAGCCUCAGUUCACAGGAGCAUCCCUGCAGUUGUUGUUCCCAGAUAAUGUAAAUGAAGCCUCUAGCACCGAGUGUCCUGAUGGUAGCGUGUGUCCAGCAGAAUACUCCUGUCUGCGUACUCCGGAUGCUGCAUUUGCCUGCUGUCCUUGGAGCGAGGCCAUCUCCUGUGCUGAUGGCCGCCAUUGCUGCCCCCGUGGGUCCCACUGCAGUGCCGAUGGACACUCCUGCUUCCAGAGCCAAGUUUUAGCCUCUCCUGUCAGACUCGGUGCUGUUCAGUGCCCAGAUGGUGAAUCGGAAUGUCCAAAUGAAUCCACUUGUUGUCUGAUGGCGGAUGGAAACUGGGGCUGUUGCCCAAUGCCUGAGGCAGCCUGCUGUGCAGAUAAGAUCCAUUGCUGUCCUCAUGAUGCGACCUGUGAUCUGAAGCGUGCCCGGUGCUUGGUGGCCUCUGGGGAGCAGCCUCUUGGAACAAAGUUCCCAGCAAGGAAACAAGCUCUGGAGUUGGCUCUGCCUCAGAAAACCUGCCCAGAUCUUCAGUCGGCCUGUCCGGAUACAGCUACCUGCUGCACACUCACGACUGGCAAAUAUGGCUGCUGCCCAUUACAAAAUGCUGUGUGCUGCAGCGACCACAUUCAUUGCUGUCCCCAAGGUACCUCGUGUGACAUGGUGCACUCCAGAUGUGCCACGACCGCUCAUUGGUCAUGGCCCAUGACCCGCCUCCCUGUGGAUGUCCGAACAGCAGUUCACGAUGUCCAAUGCAGUACAGAGGACAGAUGCCUGGAUGGUAACACUUGUUGCCAGAAACCCUCGGGCGCGUGGGGAUGCUGUCCCUGGGAGGAGGCUGUAUGUUGCUCAGAUGGUAUCCACUGCUGCCCGAAGGGUUACCAGUGUGACAUCGCAGAAGGUAAAUGCGUGAUGGGCAGCAAAAACAUCCUGUGGCUGGCGAAAAUGGACCAGAACUCCGCAGUGACUUCUGCAGGCAAAGAGGCUGUUUGCUGUCCAGACCACAUCCACUGCUGCCCCAGCGGUUACCACUGCGACCCAUCGCAAGGUUGCCUGAUGAAUGGAGACCGUAUCCCUUGGCUGGAGAAGAAGCCAGCCAUUGCCAGCAUCACAUCUUUGAACAGGAAUGUGAGGUGUGACAGUCAUUUUUCCUGUGCGGAUGGGCAGACAUGCUGCCGGAUGAACACGGGGGCUUGGGCGUGUUGCCCCCACUUACAGGCAGUCUGCUGCAGUGAUGGCGUGCAUUGCUGCCCCCAUGGCUACACCUGCGAUAUAAAAACAGGUAGCUGCGACCCCAGUGCCCUCUCCUCCCCGUGGAUCUCAAAGGCUUCCAAUCUGGCAAGAGUGGCUAGGGAUGUGAAAUGCGACGACACCAUGAGCUGUCAGGAUGAAGAGACCUGCUGCCGGCUGCCCUCGGGAAGUUGGGGGUGUUGCCCUUACCCACAGGCAGUCUGCUGCAGUGAUGGCGUGCAUUGCUGCCCCCACGGCUACACCUGCGACAUAUCCACGGGCCGCUGCGACCCCAGUGCCCUCUCCUCCCCAUGGAUCUCAAUGGCUUCCAAUCUGGCAAGGCUGGAUAGGGAUGUGAAAUGCGACGACACCAUGAGCUGUCGGGAUGGAGAGACGUGCUGCCAGAUGCCAUCGGGCAGUUGGGGGUGUUGCCCUCUCUCAGAGGCUGUCUGUUGUUCAGACCAUUUGCACUGCUGCCCCAAAGGCUACUCCUGUGACCCAGCCCACCCAGGAAUCUGCCACACAACCCAGCACUCCCUGCCUUGGGCACCCAAGCUUCCUGCUCGCACUCGGCAGUACCGUGGCGUCCGCUGCAACGACACGGCCAGCUGUGAGGAAGGGCAGACCUGCUGCAAGGACGCGUCGGGCUCUUGGGCCUGCUGCCAGCUACCCAACGCUGUCUGCUGUGAGGAUCACCAACACUGCUGCCCCUCUAGCUACACCUGCAACGUGGCAGCCCAGACGUGUGAGAAACAGCAGCAGCCCAGGCCCCUUGCGGCAGGUGGCUGGUUGUCUUCGGUCCCGUUGCUUUCUUCGUCUUCAGCCAUGUCCGGCCAGGAUGUGCAGUGUGAUGUUCAGCACUACUGUCACGACGGGCAAAGCUGCUGCCAAACGAGCUCGGGCGGAUGGGCCUGUUGCCCCUACAGCAAAGGAUCCUGCUGCUCUGACAAGCGCCACUGCUGUCCACCCGGCUUCCGCUGUUCCCGUUCUGGAUAUGAGUGCGUCAAGAAGGGGCCCCUGCGUUGGGACACCAAUGUCUUCUCCCAUCACUCUCCCCGAGCACGACCGUUGCUUUGAGAAACCUUUCUGGAGUGGACUCGUCCCACCUUUCAGUCUUGAGUCGGCUGUGGCUUUUCAGGGAGGGACAUGAAAUGGGUGGGGGGCAACUUCUGUCGGGUUGCGGUUCUGAUCCUGAUGGAGUUCUGCUGUCAUAGUUGCUGAUUUUGUCUGGAAGAGAAGUCCUCUUCUCCUCCCAGGCAUUCCCUCUUUUGUGUGUGUGUUUUUUUAAUUCUCAUGCAGCUUGUGAAACAACAAAAAAAUCAACACUGGAUUGGCAGCUGCAUAUCUUGCCUUUGUGCCCUGAGGGUGUGCUGUCCCAUGGGGGCUCUUGAAUGCUCUCUUGCCUCUUCUGUUGGCCCCUCUGCCUGCCCUACAGUAGGUAUCGCUUCCCCUCUGAAGGGCGUGUGGCAGCUUUCCUCUAUUUGUCUGUCACAGUGUUAGGCAAGAAGGGAGGUUCAUAUAGACUCAAAAGUGUGAUACUUGGGAGGUGUGAAUUGUUAUAAGUAGGGCUGCAGAGGAGUAUUAUCCCCACAGCCACCAAAUCUUGAAGAAUCUGCAUAGCACUGCCACAAGGAGAAACAGGUUUGGGCAGCAGGGCCUGUGUGUUUUGGCACCUGAGGAAGUUAGGAGGGGCAAUUGCCUCUCAACAGCCCAAUUGGUGUGCUGCUCCACAUCUCUCUUGUAGCUCCAGUACAACUGCUUCCUCUCUCUGUUGAUCUGAGACUCCCCACUUCUGAGGAACAGAAGAUGCUUUUUAUUGUUUCCAAAUUUUGACACUUUGCUUGCACGUGCAAGAGUGGGAGAAUCUAAUAAAAGAGUUGACUUUAAAA